GCGGCGUAGUCGUCAUUGGGCGUCGGGACACCGUGGGCGACGCGGUCUCGGCCCGGUAGUACGCUCGAAAAGGUGAGCACGCGCGUCGUCGAGUGUGUUUUCGGGCCGCGUAGCGCAACGCGACGCAACGCGACGCAACGCGACGCAACGCAACGCAAAGCAACGUAACGUAACGUGACACAACGCGUAGCGUAACGGCGUAACGUAACAACGUAACGUAGCGUGAAGCAGCGUCGCUCGGUCCUCGCGUGGCGGCGACCCGCUUCUUUCCGCCGCAUCGUUCCAACCAUCUCGCACAAACUGACACUCGCACACGCACACACAAACAAGACAUUCGCACCCCCGUCCACGCAACACGAGACACCGACGCAUGGAACGAUGACGGUCCCGCGAGCCCCGUCGAUCUAGAAAAUGUGGAUUACGAUCGGUCCGGCCACGCGAUUCGUUCACCUGUGCGCGCCGCGAGUGUUCUGAUUCGACGGAGACGGAGCGAGUUCUGAAAUAAAGUUCGACUUCGGCCGCGAGAGCGAGAGAGGGGCAGAGAAAGAAAUAAUAUAUAGUGCGACACACCACGACGAGUGCGGGGGCCGGUUCGCUUCGAAGAGGGUUCUAGAUAGAUAUCGGUGGUGAGACCGCCACGAGUGUGCAUCGGGUUCGUUGGUUCGGAGCGAAGGUGGAGGAGGCAGCGCACGAUGAGACGGACGACGAGAGGAUGUCGCGCGGGUACCGCGGGAUUAUUCGCCGUCGUCGUCCGGCCGCGUCUCGCCGAGCCCAGGAACGCUGGUCCGGUGGGCCACCAGGCCCGAUACCUAUGAACGGGCCCGUCGCCAAGCCGUGUCAUGAUCUGAUGGGACGAGUCAUGUCACGUGUCGUCGGGACGCUGAUUGCGCGGUCCGCGCUGCUCACCAGCGUCGCCGCGGCGAUCGUCGUGCUGUCCUGCUGCUGCAGGUGCACGAGAGCCAGCGAAUUCCCCGAGAGAGAGUGCUGCGACCUGAUUUACCCCAUACAGGAGCCCACCGGAAGGUCCACGUCCGCUCCGACACCCACCGGAAGAAGCGGAUCCGACAUCAAAGAGCCGGCCGCCAUACUGAACUGCCUUUACGCUCGCCAAUUGUGCUUCGACGAUCCGAGCUGCAGCGCAAUUCUAGAAAUUAUACCGAGGGUCUGCGGUCCUGAAAUAGUGGCUUGUUCAACGGUGACAGUGACAAAGUGUCAGGCGGCCGUGAACACUCUGCAGGCUUUCACUUACUUCCGACCCACGUGCCUCUGCAGGGAGCGCCACGUAGAUCCAGAUUGCAACAGCUUCCGGGAAUUCCUCUAUGACCAUCCCUGCAACUUCGUCUCGAAGAACGACAAUGACAAGUACCCGGACUCGCUGCUCAGCUGCAAUCACGCGCUGAACGUGUGCGUGCGCGACGAGCCGUGCAGCCAAAUAUUCGAGGACUUCAAAAGCAACUGCAAAGCGCGGGAGGGCAAGUGCCGGAUGGAGAGCCGGACCGCUUGCCACGAUUCGUGGACGCAGAUGCGGCUGUCGCUGAUGUUCGGCUGCAUCUGUCCGGUGAAUCACAUGAAGAGACGCUGCGACCGGAUCUUCUCGACGGUGAACCACAAUCCGUGCGUUGAGUUCCUGCCCUCCUCGACCUCCGUAGACCUGUCGGGCACGGACUCGGCCCUGUAUCCGUUCGACCCGCAGCAGGAGAGCUACCAGGGGAUCUGGUUACCGCCGACCAGUAUGUACCCCUAUUUUCUGUUCCCCGGGGCCGCGCGCACCUCGUACUACGACCACGAGAGCACGUACGACGUCCAGGAGCCCGGUCAGAGGCGUCAGCACGGGCAUCGUCAUCAGCACGGCCGUCAUCAGGAAGCACCGGAGUUGCCUGGCAGGCCAGGUGUCCUCGUGGUCGACGCGUACGAUCCUCGUGCCGAUUACGAGAACCGGCACGAGGCGCGUCCCGGUACAGACACCGAGCACCACCGGCCUGCGUACAGGGAGAAAGAUACGGACGAUCGGUCGAUGGAGGGACCUGGCAGCUUCUAUGAUCGCGGCUCUUCUUCUUCUUCUUCUUCGUCUUCGUCUUCGUCUUCUUCUUCUUCCUCUUUCUCGUCUUCUUCUUCUUCUUCUUCCUCUUCUUCUUCAUCUUCUUCUUCUUCCACGUUGUCCAAGCAUGAUCGUGCCUCCAGCACAGUGCACCUGCAGCCAAGGCACUCCCAAAGCGAGCAUGACGCGCACCACCUGCACCAUCAUCACCAUGACCAGCACCACCAGCACCACCCCGCACCACCCGCACCACCGUCCGUUGCGACGUCGUCUUCUUCUUCGUCGUCGUCCUCGUCGUCGUUGUCAUCGUUGUCGUCGUCGUCGCCCCCGAGUUAUCUGCCGGCUCGUCCAACGCCUACCGUGGACGAGACGAAACGAAUCGAGAGACCGGACCUGGUGCACCGGAAGAAAUUCGCACCAAGGCCCACCUACGAGCACCGGGCGAUCUUCGAUCGCGCCGACGACGACCUCGAUGACCUCGAAUUCAAGAUCGGCGCGCUGCCAGUCGACCGGCUCUUCGAUCUCCGCGAGGCCUUCGAAGGGUUCGUCGACCAAGUGAAGGUCAUCUCGCAUCCGGACAACUCGACCAGCUUCGAGGUGAUCGAGUCGCAGCUGGAGAACCCUCUGAUCGACGUCAACCACAAGGAUCUGCUCGAGAUGAAACAGGUCCCACUACCCGGCGGCCACCACCACAAAACGUACCAUAAGAAGAACCAGACGGACGAUCACGAUCAGUCCUUGGUGUUGCCAUCUGCCUCGUCCGACCUGGACAAGAUCCAGCAGCCGGUGAAGGUCAUCCUCUCCAGCACGUGUCAUCACGCUUACACCGCCUGCAAGAACGACCCGGAGUGCAAGGUGCUCCUGGAGCCGGUGCUGAAUCACUGCGACAUGACGAGCUGCGCGAGAAACGAGUGCAUGGAUGCUCUACAGAAUUUCUACAAGUCGGCCAAUCACAAACACUCCGUGGAAAUAGCGUUCUGCCUGUGCAGGAAGACGGAUGGCAAGGACGAGUGCAUCGUGGCGCAGGAGAAAAUGCAUCCUGCGUGCGCGCAGCGAGUAGAGGGAUCGGAAAUGCCGACCUGCCACAGCCUGGCCCAGAACUGCAAGAAGACCGCCGCCUGCAAGAUGAAGCUGGAGUAUUACGAGCAGAGCUGCGCGGUGGACAGCGUGACGAAGAAAUGCGCGGGUCCGGUGGCCGAGUGCCGGAAAGCGAUGCUGGGGAUCCUCGGCACCGAGUUGCGAUUCAACUGCGCCUGCAAAGGCACCGAACUCUCGCAACUUUACGACUGCCUCGGCUGGCAACGGCUUCUCUGGGUGAAUCCCUGUGUGGUCGAGUCCCAGAAGGACUAUCACGCACGCAGGAAACACCAUCAUUAUCCUCGGACUACGACGACGACAGUCUCGUCGACGACCAGGUCGCCGGUUAGCACGACGACUGCCACCGUGGUCGAACAAGUGGAAGAUAAUCAAAUACCGGAAGUGACGAGGUGGCCGACCACCGAACCCACGGAAACUUGGGAAAUCACGACGACUUCGACGACGACCACCACCGUCAGCACCACCACGAUCAGCACCACGCCGAGCACCACUACCACCACCACCACACCGCCGCGCUUCUGCGUGGUUCAAAGGGCGAGGCAGAGGCACCAAUACAUAAGGGAGGGCAAAGGCAAGAGGCUCUAUCGCGAGGACGAGCCGGAAUGUUCGGAGCUGUGCCAGUGCGGCGAGGGCGAGGUUCUCAGGUGCAACACGAUCUGCGUGAACUCGUUGCCCUGCAAGACGGACUUCGCCUUCUACAAUCACGAGGCACCGGCGUAUCAGGCGCAUCGCGGACCCUGCCUUUGCUACAGCGGUCGUUUCAUAUGCAUGCGGCCUUCACCCGAUGCUUACUCUAUACCGCACGGGGUUUUCAUGUUCCUGGGAUACAGCGAAAAGGACGAGAGCUUGUUGCGACAGCAUAACAAUGUCACUGUCCUGGACGCGGUCUCGUCCCUCGAUAGCUUUAUGAGAGAAGAAGUUAAUAAUCAGACGGUGUGCACUCUCUUCCUGUACAACGCGACCCGAGAAAACGUGAUUGCAGUGGCGCGUCUCGGGACUGACAAUCCGCCCCUAAAUAGCAGCCAGGCUCAAAGUCUCCAGCACCUUCUGCGCGUCAAGGAGGAGUGCGCCGCGAUGCUCCAGGACCUCAGCGACAAGAUCAACAACAAGCACCACGAGGUCCACACGCAUCCCCUGCUCUCGAUCUUCAAGAUGGCCGAGGUCGAGGUCAAGUUACCCUACAGCAACGAGGCGGCCGGUCUCGGGAGGUCGAGCAUCCUCCUCGCAGCGAUCCUCUCGGUCCUCGGCCUGUUUCGAUCGGCGUCUACGUGUCUGAUCGCCUCGUGACACGGGCCACAGACCGUCACCCACACCGAUUGAAGAGGAAGCGAACAUCGUUGAAGCGAAACGGGGGAAUCGGCAAGAGGAACAAGAAGAGGAGGGAAAGGAACGAGAGUCGCGGCAGCUGGGAAGGAAGAAGACGGAGUCCAGGCCGGAAUAAAAGCUGGAAGGGAAACCAUAUAAAUAUAUACAUACAUACAUAUUCGUUGCUCGGAUACACCGAGGAACGAACGGCCUCGGGCGUGUGUGCAUCAACGAAACAGAGUCGAGCUGGCGCACCUAAUUAACGGGGCUCUAAUCUUCGUGCCUCGUGGAUCAGAUACGUAGAGAAUUCUGGCUCGUUAGCCGGCCGAUCGAGGAUCCCCCGUCUUCCCGAAAUCCGAUCUACCGGCUCCGCUUAUUCGCAAUCGGCGCGACACCGAAUAUGCCAAUUUCGCGCGGAAAAUAUUCAUGCGGACAUUUGGCCGUCAUCCGUCAGCCGUGUCGCGGAUGCUCGUGCAUUCGAUGAUAGCAAGAAUUCACCGAAAACUAAGUACGCGAGACGCGGGAUUGCAAUUACACACGUUCAAACCUUUUCAAUUUUUAAUCCACUCGAGUAGAACUACCGAUAAUCAUGGUACGUUCAAAAUUAACCACAUUGACUUCGUAAACGCUCUAUCAUUUUUUAAAUAGUUUCUUUAAUCCUUCCACGGUGUUUCGGGUCUAACCCGGAUCGCGAGCUAGGAUUAUAUAACGUUUUUAAUUACCGGCUUAUUGCAGUGAGAUUUAUCGAGUCCGGAAAUAAUUUCUUACUUUCGUCUGUAUUUUUGCGUUUGUUAUUGUAUCCUUUCAUACAACGAGCUCAAAAAUAUUGUAUCAUAGUGCACUUUCCGUGUUGGUAACUUUACUAUUUUGCGAAUAAAUAUGUCUCAAUCCCGUCGUCUCGAAGCCCGAGACUCGAAAAUCCACACAGUCUGCGUGGAGAAAUCUAGCAAAAUCGCAGAAAGUCAUUACCAACUCGAUUAAGCUGACCCACUAUUCGAUUUCUACUCCGGUUUAUUUUUCUCGGCGCAUUUCGUCGUGGAUCCGCGAACGCUCUUCGCUCCCCGGAACGCGCUCUUCCAAGUUCCGCAUGAAUUAUCCGCGCGCAGGUCGCCUCGGGAACGAGACUUCCCC